UCUGCCUCAGGAUUAUCUCCUGUAUGAUCCUCCUCUAUUAUCAGCCAGGUCAUUGUGCUGAGAUUAUCGGUGGGAAUGAAGUAACGCCCCACUCUUUGCCUCACAUGGCUUUGCUGCAGGAUGGCUCAGGACGUCCUGUAUGUGGCGGGACACUGAUCCAUCCUCGAUGGGUCUUGACUGCUGCCCACUGCCAAAACAUCAAGAAGGUGUCGCUUGGGGUUCACUCCAUCCAGAACAAGAAUAAAGAACCCUGGACGAUCCGAAAGGUCAAGGCUUUCCCUCAUCCCUGCUAUGAUGAUAAAGAGAUGGUCAACGACCUCAUGCUGCUCAAGCUCGACAAAGCAGUGAAGGAGACCAAGGCAGUGAAAUUUCUUCCCGUUCUCAGAGAACUCAAGGAGCCGCAGCCCGGCUCCAAGUGUCUGGUGGCUGGAUGGGGGAAAACAACCAAUCUUAGCAAAAAAAUGUCUGACGUUCUGAUGGCUGCCAAUGUAACUGUUGUCAACAGAGUGAAAUGCAACUCACCUGAAUAUUACAACUAUAACCCCAUCAUCACCCACAGCAUGCUAUGUGCUGGACCAAUGACAAAAAAGAGAGAAGAUGCCUGUGGGGGUGAUUCAGGAGGGCCGCUGCAGUGCAACGGCGUGCUGGUGGGAGUGACGUCCUUUGGCAAGAGGUGCGGAGUGAUGCCUGGAGUAUAUUCUUUUCUGUCCGAAAGACAAAUCACGUGGAUCCACAAAACAAUCAAAAAAUGAGAUUUCGUAUGAGCAUCUCUGUGAAGUGAACCACUGUGAUGUAUUCUGUCAUGUUUGGCCAUGUUUAUCACGUCUCAUCCAGACCUCUGCGGACCUCUGUUGUAUUGCUUUUGCUUCCCCUUGACAGAAUGUGAGCUACAACAGUUUGCGCUGUAAAUGAAUGCCGCUGCA